AGCGGCGGGCUGCCCACGGGCCUAGGCGCGGCGGCCCAAGAUAGGGUCCCCGCGCUCCCGGGGGAGGAGAGGAGCAGCCGCGCUCCGCCCCCUCCCCCCGGGCCGCCGCCGCCGCCUCAGCCUGGCGGGGAGGAGGAGCAGCAGCAGCAGCAGGCCUCCCGGCCCGGCGCCCGCGCCCGCAGGACAUUUCUGAUUCAUUUACAUCCUUGAAGAGCAUCUGGAGAAGAGGAAGGAAAAGAUGGGUGUGAAAACAUUUACUCAUAGCUCCUCUUCCCACAGUCAGGAAAUGCUUGGAAAACUAAAUAUGCUGCGAAACGAUGGACACUUCUGUGAUAUCACUAUCCGUGUCCAGGAUAAGAUCUUCCGGGCACAUAAGGUGGUACUAGCAGCUUGCAGUGAUUUCUUUCGCACCAAGCUUGUAGGCCAAGCAGAGGAUGAGAACAAGAGUGUGCUGGACCUGCAUCAUGUCACGGUGACUGGCUUCAUCCCUCUGUUAGAGUAUGCUUACACAGCCACCCUGUCCAUCAACACGGAAAAUAUUAUUGACGUCCUGGCUGCAGCCAGCUACAUGCAGAUGUUUAGUGUUGCUAGCACCUGCUCAGAGUUCAUGAAAUCAAGUAUUUUGUGGAAUACCCCCAAUAACCAACCAGAAAAGAGUCUAGAUGCUGGACAAGAAAAUAACUCUAACUGCAAUUUUACUUCUCGAGAUGGAAGCAUUUCUCCAGUGUCUUCAGAAUGCAGCGUGGUGGAAAGAACCAUUCCUGUCUGUCGAGAAUCCCGGAGAAAGCGCAAAAGCUACAUUGUUCUGUCUCCCGAGAGUCCUGUAAAGGGUAGCACACAAACAAGCUCACCCCAGGUGUUGAACUCUUCAGCUUCCUACACAGAAAACAGAAACCAACCAGUGGACUCUUCUUUAGCUUUUCCUUGGACCUUUCCUUUUGGAAUUGAUCGAAGGAUUCAGCCGGAGAAAGCUAAGCAGGCAGAGAACACCCGGACUUUAGAAUUACCUGGCCCAUCCGAGGCAGGUAGAAGAGUGACUGACUGUGUGACUUGUGAGAGCACGAAAGCUGCCUUGCCUCUGGGGACUGAAGAAGACGUCCGAGUCAAAGUGGAAAGGUUAAGUGAUGAGGAGGCCCCUGAGGAAGUAUCCCAGCCUGUCAGUGCGUCUCAGAGCUCCCUGAGUGACCAGCAGACAGUACCAGGAAGUGAGCAAGUCCAGGAGGACCUUCUGAUUAGUCCACAGUCUUCCUCUAUAGGCUCAGUAGACGAAGGUGUUACCGAGGGGCUGCCCACCCUGCAGAGUACGUCCAGCACCAACGCUCACGCAGAUGACGAUGACCGACUGGAAAAUGUUCAGUACCCCUACCAACUCUACAUUGCUCCUUCCACUAGCAGCACGGAGCGGCCGAGCCCAAACGGCCCGGACAGGCCCUUUCAGUGCCCCACCUGCGGGGUGCGCUUCACCCGCAUCCAGAACCUGAAGCAGCACAUGCUCAUCCACUCAGGAAUUAAACCAUUUCAGUGUGACCGCUGCGGGAAAAAGUUCACCAGGGCUUAUUCGCUAAAGAUGCAUCGCCUAAAGCAUGAAGGUAAACGCUGUUUCCGGUGCCAGAUAUGUAGUGCCACUUUCACUUCCUUCGGGGAAUAUAAACACCACAUGAGGGUUUCCCGGCACAUUAUCCGCAAGCCUCGGAUUUACGAGUGCAAAACAUGUGGCGCCAUGUUCACCAACUCUGGAAAUUUAAUCGUGCACCUGAGGAGUCUGAACCAUGAAGCAUCAGAGCUAGCAAACUACUUCCAGAGCAGUGAUUUCCUAGUACCGGACUACUUAAACCAAGACCAAGAAGAGACCCUUGUUCAGUACGAUCUUGGAGAACAUGGUUUUGAAAGCAACUCCUCUGUUCAAAUGCCUGUAAUUUCACAGGUCUCCUCUACCCAGAAUUGUGAAAGCACUUUCCCUCUGGGACCUCUGGCUGGGCUGGCAGAAAAGGAUGAAGAGACCCCAGCGCAGCUGAAGCCCAGCGCGCACGCGGACGCCCCCGGGGACGAGCACCCGCAGUCAGAGCUGUCCUCUAUAACUAUCGAGUAGUUUGUGGUUGGCUUCAUUUUUUGGAAAGUGCCUGUGCUUGGUCUUGUACAUUUUAAUUUAAUUUAAUUUUUUAAGCAAAAAAAAGGGGGGUUUGGGAAAGAAUCUCCCUUUUCACUUUGUAAGCCUGCAACUGGUGUUUUGUUUUUCUUAACUGAGAGAUGGCAUCUAUAAGGACACAGUGACAUGAUGUUGAGACUCAGAGGAACCGGUUAACUUCAGACGUGUGCCAGAUUUUUCCUUUCAUUAAGGGUAGGCUAGCAACAGAUGAGGUGAAACGAAACCAGAGGAGCGUUGCCUUGGUUACCUGAGGUAGAGGGUCCAUGAGAAACAGGUUGCUAAGCAGAGUUUGACUGACGGCUUGGGUAACGUGUCCUCGUUUGCCUGGGGUGUUGGAAAGCCUGUUUCUGAAAGUGUUCAUGGGGAAGCAUUCUUAAAAAUUACUCAGUACUGCUGAACCCAGCGUACUUUUUUAAGCUUUGUCUUUUUAUUAUGAUUUUUUUCGAUGAAUAUUUGGUAUUGGGUAGGCAUCCCCCUACCUAUUAAUACCAUCCCAAAUGCAAAGAACCAUGACUGAGCAGUCAGGCUGUGGAAGAAAUGACCAGGAAUGCAGAAUAAAACACAAAUCUCAGCUUCAUAGAAACUCUUCCAAUCUGCUUCUGACUAAAACUGACAUUUACCAGGUCUUUGUAGUUUAAUGUCUAGUAACUAGGUCAUUGCCAAAUCACUUUGGCCCAUCAACAGUACUUUUCUCUUGCAUAUACCAGUGUGCUACCAUAAUAAAGUAAAAAUAUUAGAGAUAAUCUAUAUUUUAUACAUAGGUAUGUAUUGUUGGAGAUGUUUUUACUGUGCUGUUUUGGACAAAAUAAAUAAUUCUGUGUUGAGGUUAAGUUCUUAACUAAGAUUGUUUACAAAAUCCCUUAUGAUGGUGAUAUUACCCUGUUCCAAAAUAAUUUUAGACAUUGCCAAAUUUAUUAGAGAAAUUACUAUAGUUUUUACUCAGUGUAAGCAAUAAUAUGAAAAAUGAGGCUAUAAAACGAUCAUGUGUGACUCUGUCUAAAAGAGGAGAGAAAAUUGUUUAGACUUUUUUUUAAAAAAUCCUAAAAACCUUGAGGUAAUGAAUGUCACCUUUUCUGCUGCCUUCAAAGAUGAAGUUUCUAUGAUGCUCAAAAGUGGGAUAACCAGGUGUGGUGGCACAUGCCUAUAAUCCCAGCACUCCGGAGGCUGAGGCAGGCUGAAUUACAGAGCAAGACCCUCUCUCAAAACACCAAAAAAAGAAGACUGGGAUGUACUUUUCAUCUGGUGUCAAAGCAUCUUUGACGUUGGUCAGAAAUACUUAGGACUCCAUGAAUAAUGAACUUUCAGGAUCUUUUUUUCUGUAUAUAAAAGACCCAAAGUCAGAUAAUUAUGAAACUUACUAGAAAAUUAUGAAGUAGAUUAGAAUAAUUAUGAAAUUGAUUAGAAAAGAAAAACAAGAUAGUCAUACAGAGAUCUGAAGUUUAUUCAGAUGUCAGGCCUUACUAAAUUAUUUCUUAAUUAUAGUGAUUUGUUUCUUUUUGUGAAAUUCCCACGCCCCCCACCCCCCAUAAAGGUAAAGGAAGAAAAGGUCAGCUCCCUAGAAUGUUUUUAUGUUGAUACUUUCGGUCUGCUGUUCUUAAUUCCAGCUCGGGGGUGAGUACUGGGGGCUGAACCAGGGUCUUGCACUUGGCCACUGGACUUCACCCUUAGCCCUCAUUUGUAGGUCUGAUUCUCUUACAGACUUUUCUUUUUAAAUCCGCUUGCCCCCAAACAUAAGUAUAUUACCUUUGGGAAGAUCAACACUUACAAGUUCUGGGUUUUUACAAUGUCCAAUUCUUCAGUGUAGGAUUAAGUUACUCUGUGCAGCAGACUGCUGUAUCCUAACUGGAGCUAGAAAUUAAUCUUAAAACCCGAUGAUAAGAUGGUGGGAAUCACCAUUGCUCUUCAUUUCAAGUUUACUAAAAAAAUAGAUAAAAUUUUUAAAAAUGUGUAAGUCAUUGAUUGACUUCCCAGUGGAAAGUAUAGCAUUUCCCUCUCCUGAGAACUCCACAGUGCGAGAGCCCUUGGCAGCCAGCAGCUCUAAGGAAUUCGGGCUAUAUUCUCACAGUAAAGAAGUUAUCACUGGGUAUUCUUUCCCAGGUGGAACUCUAGAUUCUCAUUGGUAAUUACAAACUAUACAGGUUUCCAGGUUUUAUAGGAAAUUUGAAUAUACUGUGACGAUGCAUAUAUCUAGUUAGUUAUUCUCCAAAUCUAUCAGUAAGUGUUCGGUAUUUAACAUGAAAUGAGAGAGGCCUUUUCCUUUGCAGGGAGGCUCUGCGUUUUUGUGACCCCUGAUUGAGGAUGUUUUGUUUAUAGAUCUGUUUAAGAAAACAAAACUGCCAGAGGGUAAUUGUGUACAUAGUAGGUUUUAGAUUUAUUUAAAGUUCAUUUAAGGGCUGGGGAUUUAGCUCAGCUGCAUAAGCGCCUGCCUUCCAAGUGCGCAGUCGUGAGUUCGAUCCCCAGAACCAAAAAUUUAAAAACAUAAAAAAUAAAGUUCAUUUAAGAGAAGGGUGCCUAGAUAUAUAAUUUUUACUGGAACAUAUGGGAAGUAUUGCAAAGAUGCAAGCUAGUUUAGAAUAUUUAAGCCUAGCUGGCUACCUUAGGGCCUAUGAGGAUACUCCUUUGUGAUAUUUAAAGGGCUUAAACUUUAGAAUGCAAGAAAAAUUACCUUUUUAAGACUAAGCCUUUUAUAUUAGAAAAAUUAUUUUAAUUUUUUAACUACCAAAUAUAGACACCUUAGAAAUCAGCAGAGAUGUCCCCAUGAUGGUGGAUGUCACGGCUCCUCCAGCCACUCCAGUCCUCACAAUCAUUCUCACGGUGGAAGCAAGUUGGCACCUCAGCAAUUCUGCUUAUUCCAGAACAGUAAUACUGGGUUUUGAUUCAGAUAAGUACACUUUUGUUUACAUUGCCAGGUUUUUGUUUUUAAGUUACAAUUUCAGUAAAACAAAGUAAUACUAAAAGGUUUCAUUGUCUUAUAUUUUAAAACCUAAGCAACCAUUCUGCUUUAUGGCAGCUGGUUUCCAUGUUAGAAUGUGUGCCCUUUGGUUUGGAAACAAACCAACAAAAAACUCAUUCAGUUAAAAUGUUUUAUGAAGUGGGAUGAGUAUGUCAACCGUCUGAUAGAUCCAGUCAUUGGUUACCCUGUUACUUACCCUGUGAUUGCUGAGCUGGAUCUCCCCAGUCUGUAACGCUUCCCUAGGAGCCUUUGGAAGUAGUGUUAAAUCUCUCUCUUUCGUUGUUUUCUCCUAUUUUAUUCUCUUAAUUUGAAUGGGGCCUAAUGUGUUGUUUGGUUCUAUUCAGCUCUUAGUAUGGGGGAUCAAACCCAGGGCCUCGUGUACUCGGCAAGCACUGUGUCGCUGCGCUAAGUCCCUGCUCCUUAGUGGCUUUAAUUAGAAGAUAAUCAGAUCAUGUUUCAGACUCUUCUAGCUUUGUAGUCCCUGAAAAAUACAUUACUACAUAAUGAUAAUUCUGCACUAGUAUGUCAGAUAGAGAAAAUUACUGCCUGAUAAAUGAACCACCCUAAAAUGGUGGUAUUUUGGGCACACACCUAUAAUCGGAAGGCUGGGAAGCAGAAGGGUCGCUCUAGGUUCAAGGCCCAGCCUAGCCUACAGAGCAAGACUGUCUCAGAAAACAAAAGCAAUUUCAAUAUUUUCAUUGAAAAUAACCCAUGAUUUGUAUUGUUGAUGAACAGGAGAAUUUAAAACUUUUUGAUAUAGUAGCUACUGCCUCAUCUACCAAAUAGCCCUCUGAAAUGAGUAUCCAAAUGAAAGAGAAUAAUUUGCCAGUUACUAAGAUUAUCUGGGAAAAAGAAAUAGUUUCACUUUUGGAAGGAACAAGCCCAAAGUUGCUGAAAGUAAAUUAAUAUGGUUUUUGCUAUAAGUUACUGAUAUAAGAUGUUUAAUAAUGUAUUUAAAUUUUGAAAGUUACUGAGAAUAUAUAGAAACUGGACUUUAUUUUCUGAAACAGUGGAACUGAUGUGGGGGCGCAGGUGUGAUACUGCUGUAAACACGUGCAUGAGGAACAGCUCGGGGCUAGCACCCUGUCACAGGCUUUAAGCUGAGACCAUCAGGAUGUGAGUUACUCCUUCCCUUAACUGUCUCUUGGCUAGCAGGAUGUGAUGGUGUAGAGUCGCCAGCAAGACAGCGUAGCCCAAACAGUGAUCCAAAUUAACACCAAAAGGUGGAAUUGAGCCAGUCCUCACAUUAAACUGUGGGGUGCCGCUGCUUGACUUCAGAUUACAGGUGUUGAGAUUUGUGUCACUGUACUUAAGGGAAAUGAAACCCUGUGACAAUACAGUACUAGCUGCCAUCAAAAGUCACAGUUAUAUUUUCAUAAUAGAGAAAAAUAGUUCGGUACUUUUUAAAACAGUCCUCUCCGAAAUUCCAAACACUGUUUGGCCAUGCAGUGUGUAGAAACAGGAUGGCCCUAAGUGUUCAGAAUGCUUCAGGUGCAUCUCCUCUGCCCAGGACCCAGGCCAGCACCAGCCAGUGGUAAACAAGGUUCCUGUGUACAUACUUGUUGACAAAGAACUUAGUUCAGACCAUGGGCUGGAAACAAAAACUUCAAUAUAAAAAAUUUUUUUUAACCUUAAAAUGUUUUUAGUUCGAAGCGGCUGGUUUAUAAAACCUGUGUAUUUAUUUACUCUCUCAAUGUGACAAAUUUUGCUGAAGUCCUGAGCGCUCGUCAUGAUUUACUGAUAAAAUCCCUGCUUCACUGAGGAUCUGCAGUGUUCUUACUGAUUAAACUGUUCUCUCAAAUGUCAGUCUGCCCACCAGAGUUCAUUUGAUGACGUUGGGAAGGCAUUCUGCACACCAGUGUUGGGUGUACCAAAGCCUGCGGAGGAGGACACCCUCCCUGCUCUGGGGGAUGCCGCCUUCUGGUGUGCUCAGAGGCUGCGUGAGCAGGAGUGGGGAGCCUUUGUGCAGAUGCUGGAAACACCUGCUUUCCAGAGAGAACCUUUUCUAGGACUAGGUGAUGCAUGUGUUUUCUCUAGGAGAUUGCUUUUUACUUUGGUGUCAGUUUUCAAAUUGGCAGGUGCUGUGUAAGGUCUCUCACACUGAGAGUAGUCCAUUAAGCUUUGGAAAGUUGCACUGUUUCAUCUUUCAGAUUCCUGAAAUGAGUGAGGUCAGGUAUUUGGAAGGAGUAAUGUCAUACAUGUUUUUCAUUAUCUUCCUGGUACAAAAUGAUGGCUUCUGAUGCUUAUAUUUCAAGGUAUUUUUCAAAAACAGCAACCCCUGAUACAGUAACAUUUUGUUUUCAUCCAAAUUUCAAAUAACAGACUUAAUCUUUCUGUCAUUCGUGACUCCUGUCGUGUCAGAUAGGAGGCACCCACAGCACCUUAUGUCCACCCUGGAGGAUAGCAUUUGGCUUCUUUGUGCUUCUGCUAUCUUUUCAAAAGCCAUUUUAUAAAAAUCCUAGGUAGCCUAUUUUAAUAUUUAAAUAUAUAUAUUUGUGAAAGAUAGUUUUAGAACAGACUUUUUUUUUUACUUUAUAAUUCUGUGACCCAUUUUUAAGAGUAAAUUUAAACUUUUCGAGCAUUAGGAAGUAUUCUUUUCCAGAACUGCAUAUAAUAAGGAAGUCAGAUUAAGAUAACAGAUCAGAAUUAAGUGACAGAAGAAAUUAGUAUCAGCUAAGGAAGAUAGAUUUGAAAGGCAAAAAUUGUUUUGAUGUAACAGACAUGAAUUCUUCAAUCAAAUCGCGUUUCCGUAAUUUCCUGUAAGCAGCUCAGUGUUGUACAGGGCUGGUGGAAACCUGGCCCUGUUCAAAACCUGAGUCCAUUCUGGUGCCAGCAGCCUUGGCGGGGCUGACCGCCCUGUGGCCCAGGCGUGCUGCAGGGUUCGCCUGUAGUCCAGCACCGAGGACGUGGAGGCCACUUUCUGCCCUGCCGGCUACAGCAUUAUGAAUUCUUCUGGGCGCUGGCAUCUUAGCAACCCCUCAAGGGAAGGCGUGCUAGGGGGAGACGGGAACUGAGUGGCAUCGGUGGGUGUUCUUAUGUCCUCUGCCCCUCCUCCAGCCUGUACAGCCGUGCCAGUCCCAGCCCACCAGCUUUGUUCCCCAUCAUCACCUCACUCAAGCCUGGUUUUACUUGGUGACAGUGGCCAUAGCUAAGUUACUUGGCAUGUUUGACUUUUGACAGUGACAAAAAUUGGUUUUGGGUUUUGUUUUCUUUAAAAUGUAUACAGUGUCAGAACUUUGCAUUUUAUAUACUGGUAUCUGGCUAUUAGUAUUUUAUGGAAACCAUAGUUCUUGGUGACACACACAUAUAUAUAUUUUUGUGACUUUUUUGUAAACUAAGUGCCGUUACAAUCAUUUUUAGAGUUACUGUAAUCAAUGUGAGUAUCAUGUUUUUCAAAUCUGUUCUGAGCCUAUAGUGCUUGCUUUGCGAACAUUGUGCAUUGUAUAUAAUCUGUAUAGUUACACUGUAUUGAAAUACUAGCUCGUUUGAUAUAAGGAAAGUAUGUAUUGAGUACCUUUUUGCUAGCCUGAUUGUUUAAUCUUUUUAAAAAAGGUUUAAACUUUUUUUAAAAAAAAAUCUUUAAACUGACCUUUAUUAUGUGGUCACGUCCUUGCAGUUGGAAGAGAUGCACAGGGAAAAACUAGUCUUGAGUGUCUGAAUAGAAACAUGAGACUGAGACUUGUUUUUGUUUUGUUUUCUCCUUAUUAAAAUAUCUUAUUAAUGCUUUAUGGAAUAAAA